ACGCAUUAGGGUUUUUUUCUUCUUCAUUCAUAUUUGGCCCCUUCCUCAAAACCCUUUGUUUUCCUUGUCCCGAUUGUCCUCCCGCCGGCGGCCUGAAAUUAUGGCGGCAAUUGCAAGACGCGGCGGAUCGUCUCUCCUCCAGAGGCUCUGCUUCGCCUCGACUACACGCGGGAGAUCCGACGCUGCUAACCGGUCCCUCCUCCUCCUCACCUGCAACGCUGUGUCAAAUCCCUUCAGAAAUUACUCAACUGCCCCUGUCUCGAAAGAUCGUAAUAAUAACCUCCACCACGAGAUCUCCGGCGGCCAAGAAGCCGUGCAGCAGAAGAAGAAGACGACGAAGGAGGAGGUUACGGAAGAAGAGGAUUUUCCGGAGCUGCGCGGAACUGCAGAGCGGGCUGCUGCGCUUCUGAGAAAUGCUCUUGCGACAGCUGAAGCAAUGGCGGAGGAUGAGGAUGAUGAUGGUGGUGAGGAUUAUAACUUUGACGACGGCGAUGAUGAUGAUGGUGGUGGUAAGGAAAAUAACGUUGACGACAACGAUGAUGAUGAUGAGGAUGAUUUUUAGGACAGAUUUAUUCUAAUCUUUUUUCACGUCUUUGUUCUAUGAAUAACGUAGACAUGAAAGUGGUGACACGAUUUUGACACAAUGCAUUGCACCGACAAUAAUAAGUGUCGGUGCAUGCAUAUUGUGUUAAUAUAACGACACCACUUUGAUGUCUCCCACAUCAAUCUUCUUAUAUUUUUGUCUUGUGUUUUAGGAUAAAGCAUGUAGGUCUUGACUGAUUUUAGUGAAUUUAAUCAAUUUACUCUCUCUCGUUCAAAAAAGAGUUUAGUUUAUG